AAAGCGCAUAACAUGAAAUGCUAAAGCAGCUGUUUGGUCACAUAGCUUCUAGAAGUUAUGAGUGUAUGAGUUGUUUUCUGUCUGUUCCAUGGAAUGUCUGAUCAGUUUUCACCAAAGCCUGAUGAUCAUAACUUGUCUAAAGGUUCUAAUCAGAGGUUUUCUGAAGCACCGGGAACUUUACACUCAAGCACACCUUCAAAAUCAGUGGCAUCAUGUCCACUCGGUCGGACAGUUAAUAACCUUUCAUUACUAAGAGGAAGCAGCAUCCACAUUGGUCAUGAUUUAAAGAGCCCUUCACAUAGAUGGGCUGCCAGCGAUCGCUUGCGCCUCAUCCAUUUUCUACAAGAUAUUCAGCUUGACCGAGCCUUAGAUGUACUGCCGGAUAACUGCACCUAUGAAGACCUACUUAAAUGUACACUAGAAGAGCUCCGUUCCGUGUUUACUGGGUGCCUCACGGAGUCCGAAAUAAAUUCCGUUUAUUCAGACCUACCCUCUUAUGCCUCCAGUGGAUAUACAACAGAGUCGCAUUCACGUUCUGAGGAAUGUCAACCUAGACGAUGUUCCGAAACUUGUCCGUCCGAUCAAGUUAGGCAAAUGUCCACGAGUGCCAAUCGUCGUUCUCGUCCGCUCCUUGGUUCAUUUUCGUGUGCAUCUUCAGAACCCCAUUCAGAAUGCGUGAAAACCAAGUUGCAUGCAGCAAGUUCGGGAACAUCAGGAGAAGAGACGUCUAUUAGUGAAUGCAGUGUAUCUAAAAUGGAUGCAGAACAACCUAAAGCUGUAAAACGGGCAUCCUCUCUUAGCUCAGGUGAUAUACCACAAGUCCAAUCAAACUACCGCCCAUCUUCCUUGUCCAUAUCAUCAGCUUUAACUGAUAGCCACUCAUUAUCUUUACAGGAAGAUGGUAAUGCAAAUUCCAUUGGUUUUUCGGGACCAUGUUCAACCUAUACUGGUUUGACGAGUUCGGAGUUUUGGAAAGAUUUGCAGUCACAAAGUGUUUGUGAUAGUCAGUUCAAAGACUACUCGAUAGCGAAUUCUGCCCUACCAGUUUCUUGUAAUAUACAAAAACAACGAGCAGAUAUAAACGCAUGUUCUGUAAUUUCGAGUGCAUCAUACUCAGUUCCAAUUUGUCAACAAGUCAGUAAUGAGUUACAGUUGUCUCCGUUCUUUUCAAGCCGCUUGUCAAGUUAUGAUGGACAUUCCAUCCCAAGUACUCUCCUACGAAUAAAAGGUAGCUUUAUUGGUCAGUCUGCACCGAACUUACUGUACUAUAAGCGUGAUCCCAAUUAUAAUCAAUUCGUUCACUGUCGAAACUCAUAUCAAAAUGUCUCGUCAGCUUAUACUCCACCUUCAAGCUUAAAAAGCCCUGAAUCACUAAUCUGUUCAAAGGCUCCUAAUAGCCCGAAGUAUGAAGCAAUUGUUAGACAGUCUAGAGUUUCUAUCAAUCAAUCACUACUCGGAUCCGCCUCGGGAGCAAUUAAGAACAUUGAUGAAACUACCCGAGCACUUACAUCACUUCCUUUUCAUACUCAGCGUCGGAGUAUGUUAGUAAGCGGUUUGGGUAGCCUCAGUGGUAGUAGUGGUUGCAUGGCCGAUCGAAGCAUGUCCAGUCCUGCUCCUUCCAAUGAACCUGAUAGUCCAGUUUUUUCUACUGCUUAUCUUGCUCAUAGUGAUAUACCAUACCUUGUAUCACCAAAGAACAGUGUUGUUGCGUAUGAGCCACCACAGUUAACUAGAUCUUCUGAUCACUCUGGUGAAAAUUCAAAAACAGAGAUGCCAUGUACUCAUCAAAGUAUUAGUAAACUACAAGACAAAACUACACAGCUAAAAAGAACCCAGACAAACUACAAAGUCAUCACAAGUAAAAAUGUCGAUACUAUUCCCCUUCAAGAGUCGUGUGAUGCAUAUUUGUUUACUGAGAAACGGAGUUUCAUCCCACGCUUGCAUUUGGAAAGAAAACAUACUCUAGAUUGUCGUCGUUGGUCACUAGCCUCAUUACCUUCAUCUGGUUAUGGUACAAAUACAUCGGAAAGUGGUAGUCACUUGUCUCGUAGUCGAUGUUCAUCAAGAGAAAAUGUUUCUCAUAGUCUUCAUCCUCAAACUAACACACUGUAUGCAAAUGAUCGUGGAAUUUCUGCUCGUUCGAAAUACCAAACAUCCAUACAAACUCCAAUUAAAUCCAUACCGAUAGAACGUUCUUAUUCUAUGAGAUCACCUUCAAUACCUGUUUAUUCACAGCUACCGAAUUCGAAAUCUCCUCUGUCAUUGUCCCCGUCUGCUGGUCAAAAUACAGAAUCACCAAAUUUAUGUUUUAUUUCGCGUUCACCAAAGGAAUCGUGUACAGCAGAGACAAGAAGUGAUAUUUCACUUUCUAAUGUUCUACCUUUCCUGUACACUUCAGUUCACAGUGCAGAUUCUAAAAGCGUACCACACACGCCUGUUACUCGGGCAUCACCUCGAAUUAACCAUAGUUCUGUGAGUGCUGUUCAAACAUGUUACAACUCAAGCUUUGACGGCUGUCGUACCCGUUCACGUAGUUUAAGUCCAUUACGUGUCUCAAAUGUUGGUGGUGAACAAGAUAUACUGCUUUUAAACCAUGUUUAUCGGGAGCGCUUUCCAAAGGCAUCCGCUCACAUGCAAGAACAGUUGGCUUCCCUGGCUGAUGAAAUGGAGCAUAUGGAUACAGUAUCGUGGUCUGCAGUAGCAAGAUUUGUCCAUUGUCAAGUUGUCCAACAUGCACGAGAUUGUUUGCAGAAGGCUCUUUCAGGUCUUGUAACCUGCCGCUAUUUUUAUGAAAUGACUGAAAAUUUGAGCAAACUUGUCGAAGAUACUCGUACUCGUGACGCGGAUUCUAUUCCGCUUGUCGUCACAUUUGUCCGCCGACUACUUUUGAUUAUUGCCCGGCCUGCACGAUUACUCGAAUGUUUAGAGUUCGAUCCGUCUGAAUUUUAUCAAAUGUUAGAAGUUGCUGAAAGUCACGUACGUCAUCGAACGAACUCCGUUAAUGUACCGGGUUCUCAGAUCAUUUCAGCUGACGUCCCUCUAUACAUUAUUUCGAAGCUUGGUCUCAGUAAAACUGUCUUGGAUGAGUCACAGAAUAUCAAAGCUUCUCAUCUGUGUAGUUCUAAUUUAAAUGAUUCACACCAUCCAGAGAAAUUUAAAUCUGAUUCUACCAUAAGAGUUAGAACAACUAGUGGAUCUAACCUGGAUUCAUGUAUGCAUACUGAUGAUGAAAUUGUUUCGCGGACAGCGCGUAGCAAUAGUAGUUGCGUUCCAAUUCGUCCACCUUGUGAAGCUGACUUUGAAGUUAUUAAAUUGAUAUCUAAUGGCGCUUAUGGUGCUGUUUAUCUUGUAAGACAUAAAAUAACUAGACAACGAUUUAGCUUGAAGAAAAUUCGUAAACAACACUUACAAUUGCGUAAUCAAGUUGAACAAGUAUUCGCUGAACGAGAUAUUAUGAGUUUUGCAGACAAUCCAUUUGUUGUUAGUUUAUGUUGUACAUUCGAAACAAAAAAAUGUUUAUGCAUGGUGAUGGAAUAUGUGGAAGGGGGUGAUGUAGCAACUUUAUUAAAACAUAUUGGUGGACCCUUACCAUUAGAUUUGGCUAGAAUGUAUUUUGCUGAAACUGUAUUAGCUCUUGAAUAUUUGCAUAAUUAUGGCAUCGUUCACAGAGAUUUAAAACCAGAUAAUUUGCUAAUAACACAUGAAGGUCAUAUAAAGUUAACUGACUUUGGACUCUCCCGAAUUGGUUUAAUGAAUUUAGCUACUAAUUUAUAUGAAAAAAAUUUGGAUUUAGAAAAGGACUGUAAAAUGUUUCGGGAUAAACAAGUAUUUGGAACUCCAGAAUACAUUGCUCCAGAAGUGAUUCUCCGUCAGGGUUACGGUAAACCAGUGGAUUGGUGGUCUAUGGGGAUUAUGUUAUACGAAUUUCUCGUAGGAUGCGUUCCGUUUUGUGGUGCCACUAUAGAAGAACUUUUCGAUAAUAUUGUGACAGCACCAAUCGAUUGGCCUGAGGAAGAAGAAUGGAAAGUCACUCCAUCAGCUGUGGAUAUAAUAACUAGGCUUCUUGAGCGAGAUCCUCUACUCCGUCUUGGAACUAUCGGAGGUUCAUCCGAAGUUAAAGAAACUACAUUCUUCUCUGGUCCUGGUGCAGUAGAUUGGAAAAACUUAUUGAGACAAAAAGCAACUUUUGUACCUCAACUUGAACAUGACGAAGAUACUUCGUAUUUUGAUCCACGUACUGAUCGUUACAAACAUGAUGUGGAAAACGAUGAAGAUGUAUACAUUCCUAUGGAUUAUGGUGUGUAUAGCAAUAGAUCUUCCCCUGCACCCCAUUUGUCGGUUUCCCGAAAUUUCAGCUUUAAUUCUUCUGCCGAUCAAAGUCUAACGAAUAUCAUCCGGCGACCUGCAGCUUCUCGUCUUGGACGCGCUAAACAGCAAGCUGCUGAACAUAAACGUAGUCACAGUUUGGGGGAUAGUAAUAAUUUGUUUCUUCGGUCAUUUAAGUCUCGUUCCAAAAGUCGAAGCAUCCGUGAUUCACCUAUAAACACCCCACAGUCAUUUAUGCAUUCAGAGCUAAGCAGUUCUAGUUCUCAGCGGUCUUUAUGCCAACAAAAAUUUGAUCCUGAAAAGAUUGAACACGAUUUGGUAACGUCUACUUUAACUGCGGAAUCUGUUGCAAGUCGUAAUGCUUUACACUUAUUGCAAAACUUAUCAUUAACCUCUAGCACCAUAGAAAACUCUACGUCCUCAAAGUUAGCAAGUGAGAAUAGUAUUCAUAGUCAACAGUCUAUGACUUCCGGAAUUAGAUUAGAAAAGUUGAAUAUAGAUGUUACCAAAUCUGAAGUUAGUGAUGAUGACCACGAUGACAAUCAGAACAUCACUGAUGAGUCACGUACAUUUCACUAUUUUUCUUCCUAUUCACCUCGUUUCUCCGUUGUUUUGGAACAAGCUAGAAUGAAUGAACUUCGCAACAAUUCCAAUACGAGUUUGAACUCUAACGAUGUUGAUCCUGUCAGUGAAAAGAGUCCGCCUCAUACCUCAUCUCGUAUCAAUCUGGCAUCAUCCAAUAAUUUUAAUAUUAAACGUGGGAAUUCUGAACUUCCUAAAGGGACCUGUACAUUUGCUGCAGAUAAACAACAGUCAAUUACAAAUAAACAAAAUAUAAUUUCUUCUGACCAGUCAUUGAAUAAUUUUCAAAUUAACACUAACUCAUCAAAUUUUCAGUCAUCUGAUAUACCAAGUGCUCCUGAAUCUUUCAAAUGUGACCAGUUCUCUUCUGAAAUUGUUAACCCAAGCGUUAUUAUCCCUUCAAUCACUCACACUGGUACUGAAAAUGCUACUCCCAUUCUGUUAAACAUCAAAGAGUCAGAUAAAUUUCAUGUUAUUUCUGAUGCUAGUAAACAUUCAAAAUCUUCAGAAUCGGAUUCUAAUUCUAGUUUAGAGCUGUUUCAAAAUGAUUCGAGUAUCCGCUCUUUUGGGAACUCUACAAGAGAAGAUGAACCAACAAUAUAUCAACCUAUUACUCUUGUCUCUUCUGAAUCUGUUGAAAAACCUCCACCAAUGCCCAUAAAUUGCCCUAACCUUGAACAUUUCGCUAGUCACACAGCUUCGCAUUCAUCGACUUCAAGUUCAUCUUCAUCUAAAUCCUCACUUUCACUGACAACCCUCACUCCUCAUCUAACUCCUCAUACAGAAUCACUUUUCUCUCCUAUAGGUGACGAUGAUUCUACUUUACAUGAAGGUCCAUGGUUUCUUAAUGUUGAUUUAAAGCCAGAUGAAGGACAUUUGAAUGUCUGCCCUUAUCAACAUACUCCUCGUUCGUUUAUGUCCUUUAAAAGUACAUCACCUGUACUCGGUCAAAGUAGUGGAACUUCCACAACCAAAUCAGAUAUGUAUUGCUCUUAUUCACCAUCCUCAUCCGGACCCUUGAUUUUCAACAAUCCCUCACGUGUUAUGCAUCUUCCGGUUUCUCCUGUGGGUCACAACCCUCCUUCUUUGCGACCUUUCAUGCCUUAUACACUUGGAAUUCCUCGCCAAGCAAUCAUAAUCAAUAAAGGUAAACAAGGCUUUGGUUUCGUUUUCCGAGCUAUUCGAGUAUUUUUUGGUUUAUCAGAUGCAUACACAUUGCAUCAUCUUGUACUUGGAGUUGUGCCUCAUGGUCCAGCAGCCAAAGCCGGCUUAAAAGAAGCUGAUUUAAUUCUAAGUGUUAACGAUGUAUCGACAAUUGGGAUGUAUCAUACAGAUGUUGUGAAGCUAAUUUUACAGAGCGGGACUACUUUACGUCUUCAUGCAACUCCUAUUAGUCAAACAUUUAUUCGUUCUGAUGGACCAUAUCGUUCUUCUGGUCGUCUUGUACCACGUGUUACUUCAGCUCAUCUAUUGAAUAAUAAUAAUAAUAAUAAUAAUAAUAAUAAUAAUAAUAAUAAUUACACUACAAGAUACUCAAAUCAAAUUCCAGAUAAACACACAUGUUUAUCUUAUACACCAUUUAAUCCCUUGAUGAGUUGUCAUUCUAAUUCUCCCGAAAUAAUACCCAAAGAUGUUUCAUCACUACCUUUUGAUGGUAAAUCAUAUGCUUCCGUAUGUGCAUCAAAUAGUUCAAGGCACACCGAUGAAGUUGCUAAACGCAUAACUCGACGUUUGACAAUUAGAGAAGCCCGUCAUCGUCAUUUGAAUAAUGGAGCUUACGAAUCUAAAGUUCAACAUAUACAACCAGAUACCAAUUUAAAUUGUACUCAUCAAUCAGACUCAAUGCCGAACAAUGCAUAUAUGGAUAAAUCGAAAAUUUGUUAUUCUCAGCCAGUAACAUGUUCUAAAGGAUCUGCUCAAACCUACGCUUCUGUUGCUGCUCAACGAUUUGGUAUUUCUCUAAGUCAAACCUCUACACACCCUAUAAGCUCUAACUCAAUUUCUCAAAAUAAUAUUAUGUUUUUUCCAGCACAUCGUAGAUCCCUUGAGAAACCUCUUAUUCGUCAGUUGAGCGAACGACAACAUCGAGCUAUGUUUUCCAUGCCUGAUGAUAUGUCAUUAACCAACAGUCCCACAGUGUAUUCUCCUCGUAAUAUAAUCCCUUACAGUUCACCUAAUCAAAGUCCUAGGUCUGAUCAUUUUCAGAAACAAAAUGUAUUCAGUUUUCAUAGACCAUCACUAACUGUCAAUCCAGGUUUUUCUGGUUCUUCGUUCUCUUCUGGUUGGUGUUCAGGUGGAGACUUAUCUUCACAUAGUUCUCCGGGUUCUGGUAGUUCAUCUUCUGCAUCAGUUCCUCGACCUUGUGAUUCUACUCAUUCAUCUUUAAAUCCUUUUCAACAGGGACGUUUUGGUAGCCUACGGGCCUCAUGUCAUUCGGCUAAUCAUUUCCUCAACUCGAAUUUGGAUAAUUCAUCAAUGAAACUGACAUCCGCCCGUCAACAAGCGCCUAAAUCGACAUUUGUUACACAAAAUUCAAAUGGGUCUCAAUGUAGACACAGCGAUCCUAUUCGACAUGUUAAAAUUUCAAAAGAUACUCGAAUCGUUUGUUCUGUUGUACCUAACGUGCAAAAUUCCAGCAACAAUUUGUCUGCAUCAAUCCAAACUCCUGCUUUUACCCCGCCGCCACCACAGACUGCUAUUCAAAAGAUCGACUCAGAUAAAUUCUCAAUUCAAGCAAAUGCUUUAGUAUCAUCAGGUCAAGUUAAGCUACGUAGGCAUAGUCAUCGAUUUGCCGUUCAACAUGUAACUUCACCAAAAAGUCCAGCUGAAAGUAGUGAUGAAAAAUCCAAGAAUUAAUAAUCAUUGUUGAAUUUCUAGUAUUCCGAUAGUAAGAUGUCUUUUUUCCUCCCAUUUUUUCUCUAACUUACUUUAGGUUUAUUCAACUAUCAUCCCGAUUGAUUGAGAUAGAAUCGAACAUAUUUAAAUACUGUGAUUGUUAUUUAUUUAUUUUUUUGAGUACCACUGGGAUUCGAAAUUAUACUCAUGAGGAAACUUGUUACGAUUUUUCAAUGUAAUUCGACUCUCCCGGUUAUUAUUGACUUGUUAAAUUUCAUGUAUCUGUGUUCAUAUUUCUCUUUAUUCAAUUCACCUUUUGUUGUAUUGCCUUGGUCGUUAUAGUUAUUUUCUCUAUUAUUUAAUGAAUAAUUAUCAUUAUUUUAUUCAUACACUACAUAUCUUAAUAAAUUGUUCAUCCAUCAUAUAGUAUUACAAUUUGUUCAUAUUGAAGUUGAUCAUCUAUUAUAUGAUAGCUUCACUAUGCCCCACAUUCCUUGUAAUACAAUACUCUCGUGUUUGUUGUAAUAAUGCAAUUGUUAUUAAAGUCAGUUACAUUUUUAACGGUAUCCAUGGUAUCAGUAUUGUAUUUCUUUUCGUUUAUGACAAUUACUAUGAUUUGUGAUCGUGUCUUCCUUUCUUUUCUCUAUCAUAUCUUUUCAUAAAUUGAUCAAUUUAUUUAUGGAAUUCUUUUUUCAAGGGAGUGUACACAUAAAACUUCCUUACAUAUGUGUAUGUGGGUCUAUUCAAUCAAAAGCUUUUCUUUGUUUACAUGAACAUACGUUGCUAAACCUAUUCACCAACUACUUGUACAGUUCUCUUAAAGUACACUAUUUUUUUCUGUUUCUUUAUUAUUAUUAUUAUUAUUAUUGACUUUUUUGUUUAUUGGUUACACAUUAUACGCACUUAUGUUUUAGUCUUUUCCUAAAAUGUAUCGUUAUUUCCUCUUAGUUUUACUGUUGCGCAAUUUGCUGUACUUUUUCAAAGAUUGUGUAACCAAGGUAAUUAGAAAAUUAAUUAUUUAUCAGUUUAUUUACUUAUAUGCUUCUACCAUUGUUCAUUGGCUCUUCCCUCAAAUUUAUUUCUACCUGCUAUAUUAUUAUUCACUCCUUGAUUUUAAGUUGUUUUUCAUAUAUAUA